UGGAAGCUCCCUGUCCUUCUACACUGGUCCUGGCGUUCUCUGCUGUCAUCUGAGAUCCUCCUCCGCCUCUCACUGUUUACCCACCAUCCGCCUGUCAGCCGUCUGCAUGCUCAGGAUUACCAGAGACCUUUUUUUCAAUGCCACCAUCUCUGCCUUCCUACAACAGGCUUUCUUUGGGAAGUUUGGGGGUCUGGAGGUCUAAACUGAGAGAGGCUGCAGAGAGGAGCUGGGAUUUAGACGGCCGACAUCCCUGACUCCUUCUCCUUUCUUCUUGUAGCUGUUUUGGGAGUUUUGCUUGAGUCUGUGAGGCAGGAGUUGGGGUUCAGAGGACUCCCACCAUGGAUCACUCUUUGUUUGGUUGUCUGCGCAGCCCUCACGCCCCAGCCCAGGGCCUGCACCCUGUCAUCACCCAGUCACCGCUGACCCUGCACGGCCGCAGCGACCACGUCUCCUACCUGGAUGUACCCAGCUCCUCGCCCCCCUGCGGCUACUCUGGAGGAGAGGACAACGGAGUGUUCAGCAGUACAGCCCACCAAGACCACCUGCCACAGCAGCAGCACCCCCUCCACCCUCAGCACCCGCCUGGCUGGCCUGCACCAACGCAGAUGCUCUCACCUAACACUCGGCAUGGAGUCUGCCUACCACCGCUCGAGGCCACAGCCCCAGAACUGUACUCGGGGGGCCCCAACCUGUGUGGUACCAGCCCCGGCUGCGGCAGCGGUGACCCCAUGGGGGCGUCGUGCGUGUCUGAGGAAUAUGGCCGGCAGAGUCUGUCUUCAGAUGACUCGCACAGAAGGAGUAAAGGCAAGAAUGAUAGCUCAG